AAGGAGCAAACGUGGAAAACUGGGCAUGUGUAAAUUUUUCUUUAAUGGGUACUACAGAAACACAGAAAUUUGCAUCUGAGCUCAAAAAAGCGUGUGUGGCCAUUGGGAUGGAUUUGAAGUCUGUUCAUGCAGUGUUCGUAGACUUGAACUCUCCCAAUAAACUAGAAAGUACUUUGCAUGAUGUGCAAGAACUGUUUGGCGGACAAGGAGUGGAAGUAAACCAGAUAAACCUUCUAAUUGUAAUUCUUCCAGAAUUCAGACGUUCUGAUGCGAAAGUCAAAGAUAUCUGUAAGAACCUUGGAUUCUUAUAUCAAUGUUGUUUGCCUGAGCAUGCUAGGACACCCAGCAAGCUAUACCUGAACAAUGUUGCUCACAAUAUUCGUUCCAAGAAGAGGGUAAAUGGCGACUCUGAGAAAGUCUAUGGUUCUGAUGAGAUGAGAGAAGAUAGUGAGUCAGAUCUAAGUGAUUUGGAAGAUAUGGGAGAUGCUGACUCAGACAUCAUUUACUUGGAAGCAUUCCCUACAUCAGAUGAAGAGAUGGAUGAUGAUGAUGAUUAUGGUGAUGAUGAUGAAUAUGUACCAGUAUCUCCUGAUGAAGAGAUGGAUGAUGAUGGUUCCGUGCAGCAGAUGAGAGAGAAUGAUGAAUUAUGUAAACAGCUCCAGCGGCUGGAAGAGAAUGGACAUGAACAGGCCGCCAAUAGCGCAGAAGGCUGCCUCAAAACCUACAAGGAAAUAGAGACUCAUACAGCGUUAGCAGGAAGUACUUAUUCUGAGUUAAGUGAACCGCCUUCAUUUGAAGCCUUCCUGUGCCCUGGGGAACGCGAGCACAUUCUCAAGACAGGAUGGGAAACACAACAUCCAUACAAGAAGCCUAGCGGCGUGUCUUGGGAUGAGUACUCUAAGGUGUUUGACACCAAUGGCUACUACAAACUCAGCAACAUGCCUGUGGAGGAUAAGGACUUGGUUGCUGCAGAAUGUAACACUCCUGAAGUGAGGCGAUGGGAAAAUCACAUCAGUCAUGACUAUGAUGAGCUGCAGGUCGAACGUGGAAUUGUGAGACGUUGGGCAUGUGUAAAUUUUUCACCUAAGCGUAAACAUGCAGCGCGGGUUGUCAGUGACAUUAUAGGAAAGUGUAUAGACAUGGGAAUGGAAUUUGGUACAUUACCAAAAAUGGAUGUCGAUGUACCCCUUACUUCCCUUCAUAUACGACGUACUUUGCUGGAUGUGCCCAAAAAGAUAGACAUUCUAAUUGUGAUUAUGGCAGAUGAUAGAAGUUAUGAUGGGGAAAUUGAAGAGAUGUGUGAGAGCCUUAGAAUUGUUUAUGUUUUCUGUUUACCCUGCCUAAGCAAACGGAAUCUGAAGAGAGUUGCACGCCAAAUACAAUUGAAGGUUGUAAAGAGUUAUGUACGUCGUCAGCGACUGCACUUACCCCUUGUGUCAGAAGUCCCAACGAUUUUUUGGUGCUCACACGAUACACUAUGAUCUUGGAGAGGAUUCAGAGGCAGGAGUGGAUUCAGAGGGCAUUGCAUCUGUGGCGGCUUCAUUGGACUGGCCAAAAUU